UGCUGAAAUAGUAGCAGUGGUAAGAUUAUCACAGCCAGAUAAAUUUGUAAGAGAAACAUGUCAUACAUUCAAAGUAGGAGUAGUAGUAAGGUAGUUCCUGUUCAUUGCUAACUUCGGAAUCCUCACUUGUUCUCCAUCACCUUUUGCUUUCCUAACCACUUCAGUUUUCCUUGAUUUUAAUUCCAGAAGGCUACCAAAUUGAGCUUAGGGCGAUUUAUCCUAUAGAACAUCUACAUGCACCUAGCCUGGUGAAUUGAGUACGCUUGAAGAGCAGCAGACUUGAUAUCAUCAAUUUUCUGAAAGCUUGUGAUGAUUAUUGUACAAUUCUGAAAUUUAUCUUAUAUAUAUGAUGGCCACAGCCGCAGUUAUUGGACUUAGCACAGGAAAGAGGCUCUUGAGUUCCUCCUUUUACUAUUCAGACCUCACAGAAAAGCUUUCCAAUGCCAAUGAUCAUGGGAUUACCUACUAUCCAACCGCUACAACAAAGAAUGUAGUAGUUGCAAAAAAGUCAUCGAACUAUGGCCCCAGCUUCCCUUCAUCCAAUCGAAAUUCACAUUCCAUUAAAGCCCUUAAAGAACAUGUGGAUACUGCUUCUGCUUCUUCAAAUGUGGCAACAUGGUUCAAGACAUUUGAUGACUUUGAAGAAGAGAGCUCUGCUCUCGACUAUUCGGUAGAAGCUCUCCUUUUGCUGCAGAAGUCUAUGCUAGAAAAGCAAUGGAAUCUUUCUUUUGAGAGGACAAACUCAAGUGACUCGACAAGUAAAAAAAAUAACAAGAAGAUACCUGUCACUUGUUCUGGGGUGUCUGCUAGACAACGAAGGGUGAAUAACAGGAGAAAAAAUCAGAACCAAAGUAAAUUUAUGUCACAAAGUAGUGAUUUUAAGUUUCUAAGAUCAGUUAUUAGUCCAGAUCUGCUGCAGAAUCGUUUGAAAGGUUAUGUGAAGGGUGUAGUGAGUGAUGAGGUGCUCCCCCAUACAGAAGUUGUGCGCUUGUCAAGGAUAAUUAGAGCUGGUCUUUCCUUUGAGGACCACAAGUCCAGGCUAAAGGAGAGAUUAGGUUGUGAGCCCUCAGAUGAACAAAUUGCAGAUUCCUUGAGGAUUUCUCGUGCUGACUUACAGUCAAAAUUGAUUCAAUGUUCUCUGGCAAGAGAGAAACUAGCAAUGAGCAAUGUUCGUCUAGUUAUGUCUAUUGCUCAAAAAUAUGAUAACAUGGGUGCUGAAAUGGCUGACCUUGUUCAGGGAGGUUUGAUUGGACUCCUGCGAGGUAUCGAGAAAUUUGAUUCUUCCAAAGGGUUCAAAAUCUCAACUUAUGUUUAUUGGUGGAUACGUCAGGGUGUCUCAAGAGCUUUAGUUGAUAAUUCAAGAACCUUAAGAUUGCCUAAUCAUUUACAUGAAAGGUUGGGCCUGAUUCGGAAUGCAAAGAUUAGACUGGAAGAGAAAGGAGUAACUCCAUCAAUUGAUAGAAUUGCAGAAAGCUUGAAUAUGUCCCAAAGAAAAGUUAGGAAUGCUACCGAGGCUAUAAGUAAGGUCUUCUCGCUUGAUAGGGAAGCAUUCCCCUCGUUGAAUGGUCUUCCAGGAGAAACACACCAUAGUUACAUUGCAGAUAAUCGCCCUGAGAACAACCCGUGGCAUGGAGUGGAUGAGUGGGCACUGAAGGAGGAAGUAAACAAGCUUAUUGAUUCUACUCUUCAAGAACGAGAAAAGGAGAUCAUACGUCUUUACCAUGGUUUAGAUCAGGAAUGCCUUACAUGGGAGGACAUUAGCAAGCGCAUGGGGUUGUCUCGAGAAAGAGUUAGGCAAGUCGGACUUGUUGCAUUAGAGAAACUAAAACAUGCCGCGAGGAAGAGGAAUACGGAGGCCAUGUUAGUCAAACAUUAAGUUUUGUUUGUGAUUCAAUGGAUUGUUUGUAUAUAUACAGAAAGGAGAGAUCUAUCUUCCAUUUCAUACUUUUUUUAUAAAUCGCAAGUACAGUUGUGCAUAUAACCCUCAACUUCUGUACUGAUCAAGAGCUUAUAAGCUGCAGCAGGAGGUUUUAUCAAAUUACAGCUGCCCUAAGCAUUCCAAUC